AUGCCUUCAUGCCUUGGUGCCUGGUAUUAUGAUGUAUCACUCUGUACUGCUACAACAACAACAGUACAAUUUAACGCUGGCCUUGAAGUUCUCAUUGACUUCUCAAUACCAUACCUUGUAAGAGCCUUCACCCCCAGCAAGUCCACAUUCACCCUUCCUUCAUAUGUCCUCACCUCUUUAAUCCCAUCACCCAACACUCCAACACUACUGCCUGGGCAUUGUUAA